ACAGGCAUUACGCAUGCGCAUUCGGAAGAGCCAGCGGCACUGGGCCUGGAAUCCUACCGUGGAUGGAGACUCCCGUGAACCGGCAGAAUACCUGGACCGAAAGCAGGAGCUGGACUAUGACAGAGGCUCUGAGAUCCGGGCGAACAACCCACAGUGGAAGAGUUAAGGAUCUAUUUGCAGAAGAGGGGGCUGCGCCGGAAUGUAAGCCCCCUUUGCCUCCUCACCACUGGGAGCUGACCGACAGCAGCCUCACCUCACCCUCUCUUUGGCAUCUGGAGCCCAAGGGCUGGGUCAGGGACAGACCCCACCUCAUGAAGGCAGGAGACGGAGAAGUGGGUCCUGGAGACCCCCCAGACUGUCUGGGGUUCGAUCCAGGUCAGCUGAGGAUACACCCUGAAGAGCCUGAGGUCCCAGAAGAGGCUCCCAGAGGAGCCGAGGAUGAGGCUCUGGUCCUGGUGCAGCUCAUCGAUGAGCACGGGGCGUACUCGACCGCGCGGCUGGUUCCGGACGCGGCAGCGGCGGCGGAGCGCUCCUCGAAGAGGGCGCCAGGCUCGCUCCGCGACAGCUCUGAGAGCCGGGAGGGGCUGCUCAGGAGGUUCAGCUGCGGGGCCUGCGGGAAAGCCUUCAAGCGCGCGUGGGAACUGCUGAGUCACGAGGUGGUGCACACUGCGGCGCGGCCCUUCCGCUGCGGCCUGUGUGCGGCCGCCUUCAAACGCCACUCGGACUGCAAGAGCCACCGCCUGGUGCACAGCGACGAGCGCCCUCACCGCUGCGACGCCUGCGGCAAGCGUUUCAAGCGAGCCAGCAACCUGCAGGAGCACCGCCGCAUCCACACCGGGGAGCGCCCGUUCUCCUGCGCAUCCUGCCCAAAGCGCUUCAAGACCCCCUACGAGCUGCAUCGUCAUGAGCCUCUGCACGCCCCUUCGCGGCCCUUCCCCUGCCCAGACUGCGGCAAGGCCUUCGCAGCUGGGCCCGCUCUGCUUCUGCACCUGCGGCAGCACUGCGAGGACAAGCCCCACGCGUGCGGGGUGUGCGGCAAGCGCUUCACCUACCGCCACAGCCUGCGGGUGCAUGAGCGCGUGCACACGGGCGAUCGGCCCUUCGUCUGCCCGCUGUGCGCCAAGGCCUUCAAGCAGUCCAAUGCGCUGGCCUCUCACCACCGCGUGCACUCGGGCGAGCGGCCCUACCGCUGCGCCACGUGCGGCAAGGCUUUCAAACAGUCGUCCUACCUGGCGAUCCACCGGCGCAUGCACACGGGUGAGCGGCCCUACCCCUGCGACACCUGCGGCAAAGCCUUCGCCAGGCCCUCGCUGCUCCUGCAGCAUCGCCGCGUGCACAGCGCCACGCGCCCCCACGCCUGCCACUUCUGCCCUAAGCUCUUCAAGGACCUGAACUACUGCGCGGUCCACGAGAAGGUGCACACGCGGGACACGCCCUGCAAGUGCGGCAUCUGUGGCAAGGGCUUCGCGCAUCCCAGCAACCUGCAGCAGCAUCAGAGGGUGCAUGGGGAUGGGUGAGGGCUGGGUGCCAGGCAGCGGGGAGCCAAGGAGGGCUUCAUGUCCCCAAAGCCGUUAUACAAGCAGUAACCAUGUCCAGGAGAGGCCCUCUUUAGGACAGCGCAGUCCAAUAGCACUUUCUGCAGUGAGAGAAAUAUUUGGGGGAGUUCCCUGGCGGCUCAGCAGGUUAAGGAUCCAGUGUUGCCACCAUUCCGGCUUGGCACCUAUGUGCCGUGACAGAGGUUUGACCCCGGUCCCAGGGAACUUCCACAUGCUUUGGGGUUGCCAAAGAAAGGAAAGUUUGGCAUCAAUGCCCUCCAAUAUCUUAGCAACCAGCCAUGUGGUCUUUUGAGCAUUUGAAUUGUGGCUAGUACCCCUGUGGAAGAGUUGUGUUUGGUUUUUUGUUUUGUUUUUGUAACUUUUUGGUUUGAAAUAGACUCACAAGAAGUUGCAAAUAUCACGCAGACUUUCCCAUGUGCCUUCACAUGGCUUCCCCCGUGGAGCCCAUCUUAGAUAACCAUAGGAUGUUAUCCAAAACCAGGCAGUCCUGGAGUUCCCUUGAUGUCUCAGCAGUUAACAAACCCGACUAGG